AGCGUGAAAACUUAGGGGCAAGCGACGCCCAUCGAGCAAACGAGGAUACGUCGUGCCAUGCAUUUAAUAUAAACUUAAUAUAAUUUAAUCAGUAGUGAAAAGUAAUAGCUGUAAAUAAUGAGCUCCUCGGGUAGUACUAAAAAUCAGUAUCUGGCAGCCAUAAGUGUUAACAUUGUCACCAUAUCCUAUGGCGCCUUUUGUGGCUGGCCCUCUGCCAGCUUUCUGGAACUUGGCAGCGAGGAUAGUCCCCUGGAAACGGGUCCACUGUCCAAUCAGGAUCAGGGCUGGGUGGCCUCAACCAUUUGCAUAGGCGGUCUGUUCGGCACCAUUCUGUAUGCCUGGCUGGCGGAUAAAAUCGGCAGACGCUGGUCACUGCUAUGGACGGCGCUGCCAAAUUUGAUUGGUUGGAUUAUUAUACCUUAUGCCAGCACUCCAACGCACUUGAUUAUUGCACGCUUCAUUGGCGGCGUGGCGGGCGGUGGCUGCUUUGCGGUGAUACCGAUUUAUGUGGCAGAAUUGGCAUCGGAUAGUGUUCGCGGCAUCCUGGGCACUUAUCUGCUAGUCACCUGCAAUGGUGGCGUCGUCUUGGCCUUCAUUUUGGGCUACUUUUUCGACUAUAUCACAGUGUCCUGGAUAGUCUCCACCUUGUCCUUUGUGUUUGUGGGCUGUUUCUGGUUCAUGCCCGAGACGCCGCAGUAUCUGGCCAAGCAGAAUCGCGUGGAGGAGGCCGAACAGUCACUGCGUUAUUAUCGCAAUAUACGCCUCAGUCCCGCCAAAGAACUCAGCGAAGAUCUCAAGCUGGAGCUGGAGAAACUGAAGCCCAGCGAAAAGACAGAUCUUGAUGCCAAGGAUGCUGACAAUGCGGAGAAUGAGAACGCUGUCACCUGGGCUGAUUUUGCUGAGGCCAAGGCCCGCAAAGCCUUUUUUAUUGGUCUGGGCCUCGUGACGUUCAAUCAAUUGUGCGGCUGCUUUGCGAUGGUCAACUACACGGCUGUGAUAUUCGAGCAGGCGGGUGCCAGUCUGGCACCCGCAGUGUCUGCCAUUAUUGUGGGUUCCAUACAGCUGCUCGGCACCUACACGUCCACGUUGCUGGUGGAGCGACUCGGUCGCAAGAUCCUGCUGCUCGUCUCAGCCGUCGGCAUUGGCCUCGGGCAGAGUGCCAUGGGCAGCUACAGCUACCUGAAGGUUUUGGGCUACGAUGUUAGCUCUUUCGGUUGGGUGCCCAUUGCGGGCUUCUCAUUUAUGCUGCUGCUGGCUGCCAGUGGAUUGCUGACGUUACCCUUUCUGGUCAUAGCGGAGCUGCUGCCGCCAAAAAUACGCAACAUGGCGAAUAUGAUACUCAUAUCGGUGCUUUAUGUGAUUUCCACAGCGACUAUUAAGUUUAUGCCCCUCUUCACCGAAUCUUUGGGCAUGCACGGCACUGUAUUUAUGUUUGCCAGCAUGUCCUUUAGUGCCGCUUUGUUCAUUGCCAUUUUUGUGCCUGAAACCAAGGGCAAGACAAACGAAGCCAUUCUGGCCAACCUCUAUAUAAGCAGGAGGGUCUGGCAUUCGCGCGCAGAAAUCCCCCCCGAGUGGAAGACAUUUCCAGCUGCAAAUAUGACAAAAAUAUUUCAGAAUUCGCUGCUGCAGCCCAAGACACGAUAUCAACUGUUGGCCACAGUCAUCGUAAACAUCAUCAUGUUUGGCCAUGGUGUUGGAGUGGGCUGGCUGUCACCGACUUUAACGAAAAUUCAAUCACCCAACUCUCCUUUGGAUUUUGUUGUGAACAUCGAUGAGAUUUCCUGGCUGGGCUCGAUGCUCGGUCUGGGCAGCUUGUGUGGCAAUCUGAUUAUGGCUUUGCUGCUGGAACGAGCUGGUCGAAAGUUUUGCAUUUAUCUAAUGGCAAUACCAAAUGCGUGCCUGUGGAUUCUCAUCUACUGCGCCUCCCAUGUGGGUUACCUGUAUGCUGCGCGUUUUCUGUGCGGCUUUACGGGUGGCGCUGGCUAUGUGGUCAUUCCCAUUUUCAUCAGUGAAGUGGCCGAUUCCAGCAUUCGCGGUGCCCUGAGCUCCAUGGUCAUGUUAUCCGUCAACCUGGGCAUUCUGGCUGGCUAUAUAUUGAGCACAUAUCUGCCCUACCACAUUGUGCCCUUUUUGGGUAUUUUGCUGCCAAUUUCCUACUUUUUAGCCAAUUGCUUGCUGCCCGAAACGCCACCGUAUCUGCUGAAGCGCAGCCAACUAAGUGCAGCUGAGAAAUCCUUCCGAUAUUAUAGAAAUCUGCGUGAAGAAACUGCGGCAGACAUAUCCAAGUGCAAAUUUGAGGAGCUGCGCACGGCAGUGCUCGCUCAGCAGGUGCAAAAUACAACAACAGCCUUGAGUUACAGAGAUUUGAUCACCAAACCCGCUCUGAAAUCUUUUGGUGCUGCGGCUGUGCUCUGCAUGGGCUACCAGUUCAGCGGCGUCUUCAGCUUCAUCAACUACAUGUCUGACAUAUUCGCCUCAUCUGGCUCAGUGCUGGAUGUCAACACCUGCACAAUCAUUAUUGGUGUAGUGCAAAUUGUGGGCGUCUAUACCUCGACGAUAUUCGUGGACAUCGUGGGACGACGACUGCUCAUGCUGAUGUCCACCCUGGGUGUGGGUCUGGGCUGCAUCGCUUUUGGUUGCUUCACCCACUUUGCGGGGAUCUAUGAUCUCAGCGAGUUCAAUUGGCUGCCACUGGUGCUGAUGGUACUCAUUGUGUACUUGGGAAAUAUUGGACUUAUCGGAAUCUUCUUUCUGGUGUUGGUGGAACUUUUUCCAUCGAAGAUACGCUCUUUGGCCACCUCCAUCUCCGUUAUAUUCCUGAGUCUCCUCGUCUUUUGCACGUUGAAGUUAUUCCCAUUGUUCCUGCACUUUUUGGGCAUAUCGAUUACCAUGUGGUUCUCAGCCGUUUCGGGUUUGCUAACAUUUGUUUACUUUUUGCUGUUUUUGCCCGAAACCAAAGGAAAAUCUAUGAUUGAAGAUUAAACCAGAAUUUUUAUCUAA